CGAAAACUCCAGCAGAUUAGCUAUUAGCUUCUGCGUUCAAAGAGAAAAAAGAGACAGAGGUUUGUAUCAUUUGUGUGGGGACCAACAAUGGCGACGAAGCCAUCGACGUGGUUUCUCAGCCAAAGUUUCACAGCUUUGAACUACAAGCAGACAAAUAUGCGAUUCUCCUUGCCUUCUCAUCGAUUGCUUCCUGCUUCUUGCAAAAUGCGACACCGCAAUUUGAGUAGCUCCCAGCAUAAGAGACAGCAGCUCAAGAAAGCCUCUCCUGAACAACCUCCAAUUACCGCAGGUUUCCAUUCGAGUGGUGGUGCUGAUGAUGGUGAUGAUAAUGAUUCCGAAACUGAGGAUGCUUCGCUGCAUAGUGUCCCAAGUUUGAAUCUCGAUGUUGUGUCUAAUGAGGAAGUUGUUGAUGCUAGCGUAGAUGUGGAGCAUGUUCAGCAUGCGGGUGCAAAAGAUAUGGAGAAGAAUGCAGAUUUGGAACACGUUCAAGAUGUUGAUGCAAAAGAUUUGCAUAGUCUCACCCAGGAAAUGAAAUCUUUGGGCAUAGAUGGAUCAGAGAAGCUUUCGAUUAUUCCUGAUGAAAUGAAACCUUUGGCCUUAAACAUAGAUGGUGGAGAGCAACUGUCAAGCAUUCAACUUGAGGAUUUGACAGGCAUGAUAAGAAAUGCAGAGAAAAAUAUCCUGCUUCUCAAUCAAGCUCGGGUUCAUGCACUUGAAGAUCUUGAAAGAAUUCUUGCAGAGAAGGAAAUAUUGCAAGGAGAAAUUAAUGUUUUGGGGAUGAGAUUGGUGGAAAAUGACGCAAGAAUGAAAGUUGCUGCCCAAGAAAAGAUACAUGCAGAACUCAUGGAAGACCAGUUAGAGAAACUGAGAAAUGAACUGGCUUACCGGGGGGAGAAUCAGAACAAACUUUUGAAUGAGGAAGCCCCCCUGCUUCAGAAUAGUACUAUUCAGAAACUUAGUGAGGAGCUCAAUACAUUGAGGACAGAGAAUACAUCUCUGAAAAAUGAUAUAGAAGCACUUAAGGGGGAGCUAAGUAAUGUCAAGGAUACAGAUGAACGUGUUAUAACACUGGAGAAAGAAUGCAUGCUGUUGGAGUCUUCUCUGAAAGACUUGGAAUCCAAACUGUCAGUUUCUCAGGAAGAUGUGUCAAAAUUAUCUAGCUUGAAAGUUGAAUGCAAAGACUUGUGGGAAAAGGUGGAAAGCUUGCAAGCAUUGUUAGAUAAGGCAACGAAGCAAGCGGAUCAGGCUAUUUUAGUGUUACAGCAAAACCAAGAGCUUUGGAAAAAGGUUGAUAAAUUGGAAGAAUCCUUGGAAGAAGCCAACAUCUAUAAGUUAUCAUCAGAAAAAUUACAGCAAUACAAUGAGCUAAUGCAGCAAAAGAUAAAACUAUUGGAGGAACGUCUUAAACAAUCUGAUGAGGAAAUACAUUCUUAUGUUCUGUUAUACCAAGAAUCUGUACUGGAAUUUCAAGAUACACUUAAUACUUUGAAAGAAGAAAGCAAGAAAAAGGCACUAGAUGAACCUGUAGAUGAUAUGCCUUGGGAAUUUUGGAGUCGUUUAUUGCUUAUGAUUGACGGUUGGCUGCUGGAGAAUAAAUUAUCGAUAGAUGAUGCAAAGCUGUUGAGAGAUAUGGUGUGGAAAAGAGAGAGCCGUAUUCGUGAUAUAUACUUGGAGUGCAGGGAAAAGAAUGAGCAUGAAGCUGUUUCUAUGUUUCUCAAGCUGACCUCAUCACCAAGAAGUCAAGCAUUGUAUGUCAUUCAUAUUGCAGCAGAGAUGGCACCAGUUGCUAAGGUUGGUGGCUUGGGAGACGUUGUUACUGGUCUUGGAAAAGCACUCCAAAAGAGAGGACAUCUUGUGGAAAUUAUUUUGCCAAAAUAUGAUUGCAUGCAAUAUGAUGGUAUUGGCAAUUUGAGGGCCCUAGAUGUAGUGUUGGAGUCAUAUUUUGAUGGAAAAUUAUACAAAAACAACAUAUGGGUUGGCAUCAUUGAAGGUCUUCCUGUUUACUUUAUUGAGCCUCUUCACCCUGGCAAGUUCUUUUGGAGAGGGCAUUUUUAUGGAGAACAUGAUGAUUUCAAACGUUUUUCAUUUUUCAGCCGUGCUGCACUUGAAUUUCUUCUUCAAGCUGGCAAAAAACCGGACGUAAUUCAUUGCCAUGACUGGCAGACGGCUUUUGUUGCACCACUUUAUUGGGAUAUAUAUGCUCCAAAAGGAUUGAAUUCAGCGAGAAUAUGUUUUACGUGUCACAACUUUGAGUACCAAGGGACUGCACCUGCAUCAGAAUUGGCAUCUUGUGGACUUGAUGUCCAGCAGCUAAACAGACCAGAUAGAAUGCAGGACAACUCAGCACAUGAUAGGGUCAAUCCUAUUAAGGGUGCUGUGGUGUUCUCGAACAUUGUGACAACAGUAUCACCCACCUAUGCACAAGAAGUGCGGACUUCUGAGGGUGGAAGAGGUCUCCAUUCAACUCUUAAUUUUCAUGCCAAGAAGUUCAUUGGAAUUCUUAAUGGAAUUGAUACUGAUGCAUGGAAUCCUGUGACUGAUACUCUUCUCAAAGUCCAGUACAGUGCUAAUGAUCUUCAAGGGAAAGCAGAAAACAAAAUAGCUACAAGAAGGCGUCUUGGAUUAUCAACUGCAGAUGCUAGGCAGCCAUUGGUGGGCUGCAUAACAAGAUUGGUGCCACAGAAAGGUGUACAUCUUAUUAGACAUGCAAUAUACCGAACACUAGAGUUGGGAGGACAAUUUCUACUUCUUGGCUCAAGCCCAGUUGCUCAUAUACAGAGGGAAUUUGAGGGUAUUGCAAAUCAUUUUCAGAAUCAUGAGCACAUUCGGCUGAUAUUGAAGUACGAUGAAUCUCUUGCUCAUUCCAUUUAUGCAGCAUCUGACAUGUUCAUCAUCCCAUCUAUCUUUGAGCCUUGUGGCCUUACACAGAUGAUAGCAAUGAGAUAUGGUUCCAUACCCAUUGCAAGAAAAACUGGUGGUCUAAAUGAUAGUGUUUUUGAUGUUGAUGAUGACACAAUUCCUCUUCAGUUUCAAAAUGGAUAUACAUUCUUGAAUCCUGAUGAAAAGGGGGUAAACAGUGCUUUAGAACGUGCAUUUAACUAUUAUAGGAACAAUCCUGAGGGGUGGCAGCAGCUUGUUCAGAAGGACAUGAAAAUAGAUUUUAGUUGGGAAUCUUCAGCAUCACAGUAUGAGGAGCUUUACUCAAAGUCAGUGGCCAGGGCAAGAGCAGCAGCAAGUCAGUCUUAAUUAUCGUAAAUAGGCAUUUUCAUGGAAGCUGUGAAGCUGUACUUGAGUUGGCUUGAUUCAUGAAUGUGAAUUUAUAGGCCAUGAACUAAGAAAUCCAGGCCAGCAAAGUGCCCUUACAGAGUAAGUUGACAUGUCCUUUGGGUGGGGUGGGUGGGGGGGUUGGUGUGGGGGGUGGCGGGGGUGUGGGGUGUUUGGGGGCGCGGUGGGCAACGGGUGUGGGUGUGGGUGUGUGAGAGUUGAGGGAUAGACCACACAAUUCUUUUGUUCAUAAACAUUAGAAUAAGAUCUGUCAGUAUACAGUCCCAAAAUUCUCCGUCGAUAUUUAUCAAAUUUCUUUCCAGUUUUA